AUUGGAGGAAGCUGUACUGAAAAAGUCCGCCUCUGUCCCGCUCUGCUGGAAGCUUUUCUGGUUGGUUGUUGACAGCUGCAGCUCCAACGCCGCCCCUCCUGCUCUCCGCGGACAUAAAAAGCCGUUUUCAGCAGCUGCUCGUCACUGUUUUCUCGAGUUUUCACUCCUACAAACAACCGAUAACAAUGAGUGGCCGCGGAAAGACCGGAGGUAAAGCCAGAGCGAAGGCCAAGACCCGCUCCUCCAGAGCCGGACUCCAGUUCCCAGUGGGCCGUGUUCACAGGCUGCUGCGCAAAGGCAACUACGGAGAGCGAGUCGGUGCCGGAGCCCCCGUCUACCUGGCCGCUGUGCUCGAGUAUCUGACCGCUGAGAUCCUGGAGCUGGCUGGAAACGCCGCCCGCGACAACAAGAAGACCCGCAUCAUUCCCCGCCACCUGCAGCUGGCUGUCCGCAACGACGAGGAGCUCAACAAGCUGCUGGGCGGAGUCACCAUCGCUCAGGGCGGCGUGUUGCCCAACAUCCAGGCGGUGCUGCUGCCCAAGAAGACCGAGAAGGCCGCCAAGGCCAAGUAGAGCUGCCUGCUUCAACCAAACACACAACGGCUCUUUUAAGAGCCACCCACUGCUUCCUCUACAAGAGCACUGAUUAUUAUGUUGAGUUUUUUUUCUCCAGAGUUCCUGCCUGGAGAUCAUCUCAUCCUGGAUCUUCUAUCUGGGAACAGAUUUGUUGAAGAUCAUCAAAGGUUCUCAUUAUUGCACUCUGUUGUAGCUUUAUUAAAAAAGUCUUGCAAAA